GUGCUGCCGCCGCCGCCGCCGCCAGUCGCUCCCCGAGCGCGCAGGGAGGGAGCUGGGCUCCCGAGCGGUGCGCGGGGCGAUGGGGUCGCGGGCCCGCCCCGCUGCUUCCUGGGCAGCCGGCAGCUGCUGAAGCCCGCAGGGCGCAGACCCGGAGCCCUCGCUCUCUCUUUCUCCCCUCCCCCCCCCCCCGCCCCGGGACAUGGCAACCGAGCCGCAGCGCCGAGCGCCGCCUGCGCCUGCGGGGCGCCCGGAGAGCGGGCAGCGCCGCGCUGGGGACGGGGAGGAGGCCGAGCCGCUGCGGGGCACGGCGCGCGAACCGUCCAGCGCCUCAGUCGCGGUACGCGGGGGCAGGCAGGGGCUGCUGAACGGCUGCGUCCCGCUCUCCCACCAAGUGGCCGGGCACAUGUACGGCAAGGAUAAAGGGGGCAUACUGCAGCAUCCAGAUGGCACAGUCUUGAAGCAAUUGCAGCCACCGCCUCGAGGUCCCAGAGAACAAGAGUUCUACAACAAGGUUUAUGCUGCUGACUGUUGUGACAGUGUUCUUCUAGAGCUGCGGAAAUACUUGCCAAAAUAUUUUGGCAGCUGGUCACCACCUACUGCACCUAAUGAUUUAUACCUAAAACUGGAAGAUGUGACCCGUAAGUUUGAUAAGCCGUGUAUAAUGGAUGUGAAAAUAGGCCAGAAAAGUUAUGAUCCGUAUGCUUCAGCUGAGAAGAUUCAACAACAGGUCAGCAAGUACCCACUAAUGGAAGAAAUUGGGUUCUUGGUGCUAGGCAUGAGGGUUUACCAUAUUCAUUCCGACAGUUAUGAGACACAAAACCAGCACUAUGGAAGAAGCUUAACAAAAGAAACAAUAAAAGAUGGAAUGUCCAGGUUUUUUCAUAAUGGGUACUGCUUGAGAAAAGAUGCUGUUGCUGACAGUAUUCAGAAGAUUGAAAAAAUCUUGCAGUGGUUUGAAAGCCAGGAGCAGCUUAACUUCUAUGCAAGUUCAUUACUGUUUGUUUAUGAAGGUUCAUGUCAGCUGACGGCCAGAAGGUUGAGUGAUGGCACUUUAGCAGAGAAGAGAGUAGUACCUAAAGGAGUGUUACAAGAUGGAGACUUACUGGAGUAUAAUAAUAAUAUUCAUGUAAUAAAUUCUACAGAGAAUGGAAAAAUAGAGGCCUCUGUAGGUAAAAACUUGCCUCAAAUUUAUGCAUUUCACAAAAAGGCAUAUUCAAAGAGGCACCACAGUCAGAUCUCACUAAAAGCUGAAAACCUGGAGCAAGACAAUGUAUGGAAAAGCAGCACUUGCAUUUCCCAAGAACAUCUAAAUGGAAAUAUUAUACCCCAACUGGAAAAGGUUUUCUGCCAUAUGCCCAAAGAGAUAAAGGAAAAUGCAGAUGUAGAAGUUAGAAUGAUAGAUUUUGCUCAUGUGUUUCCUAGUAACACAAAGGACAAGGGCUACAUUUAUGGUCUGAAGAAUUUAAUUACUGUCCUUCAAAAUAUUUUGGAUAACUAAAUUCUUUGUUAUGGAUUUUAGUGGGGGCCAAUGAUAACGAAAAGCAACAACAUAAAGAAUUUCUGCACUUGUAACGUUGUAUAACUGGGUUUGUAUUGUUAUACUACAUUUUAUUUGUCUUUGUACUUUUGGUAGAAGGGUUUAACUUUUUAUACUCUUACUCAGGAAAAUUAAUUGGUAGUUGAUUAGUAAAGUAUGAAAGUAUACAAUUUUUAGGAAGUUCAAGCAGUGGUGAUAGAGGAUAUAUGAAUAAACCUAAUGAAACAUGCUUUGCCCAAAUCAAAGGAAAAGUGCUAUCUCAUAACUAAUGGUUGAGGUAGCUUCCCCUAAACUGCUUUAGGUUAGAUGAUGUCUGUCCACCUAGCCUUGACACUGAGCCAUAUCUAAAUUAACAGGUUGUUGGAAGAUGGGCAGAAAACUAGAAAGCGUAGCCUGAUGUCCUCAAUAUUGCCCUCCGUGAUUACUACAUUGUUAAAACUGGAGUAACCCUACUUUGAGAGAAAUCCUAUUUACAUGCUGAAUUCUAAUUUAGUAACCAGCAUAUCAAGUGGUGCUUCUUAAUGAAAUGGCAUGAUAUUGCUGCAUCCUUAAAACUGGUAGGAGCUUCCCCUUUCUCAUGGGUAGCCCUUAAUGUAAGUUCAUCGUCCACAGGGUACAAUGUAAUUAAUGUGCUAGUGCUAUUGAAAUGCUGGACUAAAGAAUCAUAAACGAAAAUGACUUUAAUUGUAUAUUUGCCUGAGAAGUCUUUAUGUUUUAAAAGGAAAAAAAGAAAAAUCUAGAAAUCCCAUCUUGUUUUUGAUGUAAAAUUCCUAAGUCUGUUUGGGUUGUCUUCAGAGACAUACUUUUUAAUUGCAUUUUAUCUGUGGAAUAUCUGCCAUUGUGAGUAAAUGGAGGACUGGAGAACUUCCAUCAGACUCCUAUCUUCUAAAAAUGACAUAUCAAAAAAAGCAAAGCAAAACAAAACAUGGCAUGUUUAAAAGGAACAUUUAUUACAUAUUGUGAUUUCCUCUGCCUAUUGGUUUUAUUUAUUUUUUUUAUUAAAUGUUCAGAGUUCCACUAUAGGGUAGUGCCUAAUAGAAGCCAUGAGUGGGACAUACAGAGGAGCCCUUGUAACUGUAAGACCAAAUUUAACCCCAGUGUAAUCUGGCACGGUUUCAUUUACUCACUGGAGUUGUACCUUACUUACACCAGAGCUAAAUUUGGUCCUUAUUACUGACAUACAAGCAAGCUAUGUAAUUUGAAAGCAAAUCUGUUUUUGUGUACAGGCAAAAUAAAGAUUCAUAUGCAUUAAUUUUGUGAUGGAACAUCCCAAGUAUAUUUUGUGUUCCCCUUUACAUGCUGUUUAUGCUGCUGUCUUAUUUUGCAUACACAGUCAGCAGUAUGAGAUAUGAUGAAGAGGUGCUUAGAAUGUUGUGAUCCAUGCUGUGAAAGGUGCUUUAUGCUGAAGUUAAACCCCCAAAAUAAAAUGGCUAGAAUGAACUCUGCUCUUGGAAUUACAUAUUUAUUAAUUCUGAAUAUGGAUUUAAUGUGGCCUUGCUUCUCAAUAUAGUGUUAUACACUGUGCACUCAUUUGUACAAAUUCCUUUGCAAAUUUUGUUAAACAGUUUUGUAUAUUGGAAAGAGAUAAUUGCCUUUUCAUUCUAACUAGUUUUUAUAUCAGGCUGUCUCAACAUUUAGAUGCUGAGAUACUUAUUUAAUUGGAAGCAAAAUAAAAGUACAACACAAUAGGUUGUAAACUAAAUUGUUGGAUUUUUUUUUUUUUAGUUAAUAUUUGGUAAUACCUUAGUGUUAAAACAAGCAGUUUUCAAGGCAAGAUGUCUUCAAAGCAUGGAAAAAUAAUUGCUCAAAAGUAGGAACAUAGUCUUUUUAAUGGAAAUUUUAUGCAAAUUGUAGUGAAGGCUAAAGGAAAAUAAUAAAGGAUAUUUUAUGUUUUGGUAGCAUUUCCUUUACAAGCUCAAAUUUAGACUCUCUGAUGCUCACCAGAAGUUAGGAGUAUUGAUUUAAGUCAUAUUCCUGGGAAAGUUUUUCAUUUUGUUGCAGUUGUGCUCUUGUUUCUGUGUGUUACUGUUUUGUUCUAUCCUUCGAGUAGUUAACACUAUUCAAGCCUAUUUACAGCAAUUAGAGUAUUUUAGCUUGUUGUUGACAGUUUUCCCAAUUAUAUUCAAAAUGCUUUAUAGAAAAAGCAGUAGAAAACCCACUUUAUAGCUGCAUUUGAGUUCUCACCUGUAAUUCAUCUCUGUUGCACAUUACUACAUUUGUGCGAGGGAAAUCAGACUUUUGAUUCCAAGGAGCCUGUUAUUGGAAAAUGAUCUGUCUUCUCCCAGUCAGAAAUGCUUGUGCACUCCUGUCUGUACUGUAAUAUAUAUAUGUCUUAAGUGUUUGAAUGCCUUUUAGUGUAGAUUAUGGCUGUGUUGAUUGUGGCAGGCAAUGCACUUGGAAUAGUGUAAAAUUGUCAGACUAUUUUGAAUAAAAUCUAAAUAAUUAUUUCCUUUUUUAACAGAAAUUACAGAUAUAUUUUUUAUUAAUUAAAACUGCAACAAAGAAUAUAAAAGUAGUAUUUUUAAUCAGGAAAUUAGGUAUAGCUGAAUGCUUGUUGUGGAAGUGCUUCAACAUAGUAUCUCCUGUGAGUUUAAGCCUGCAAAAUUACUACAUUCAGACUAUUUUUGCACAUUUUAGGUUAAUAUAGUAGUGUCUUGUACAGUUCAAAUCAACAUUUUCAGUUUUAGGUGGAAAUGUAGUUAGAUCACUGAAACCAGUACCUUAUGACUUUAAUUGCUAAAAUGAUUACAAAAAUCAACAGUAAACAAAAGGAAGACACGCUGACCAGUAUGCGUGUGUUUUAGCAUUGAUUCUUUUGGGCCUAAUUUUUCGAAUGGUGUGUCUUCUCUUUAUGAUCCCCAUAGCAUACAUGUAUGAAAUGUACAGUAUAGAGAACAGUUACUCAGUAGUCUUCACUUAAAUAUUAGUGAAACUUAUGGGUAUUUCUGCUAAAUAAAAAUAAUCACUGACUGGAGUAAUACGUGAUCACUAUUAUCUGUUGAUUAAAUCUGACUAAAUGAGUGUUUUGAUUUAAGCAAUAAGCAUGAAAGACAUUUGAUCUUACAAAAUAAUUAGUUGUCAAAAGGGAAAAUUCAUGAAAAUGUUGCUUUAAAUGUAUUUUUUGUGAAUAUCGUCUAAAGACUUUCUAGCUAUGUAAUUGUGGGAAUUUUGUACAGGUUUACCUAAUAGCAAUUUAAAUUGUAUACAUUUUUAUAACAGCAUUUACAUUCUUGAUAUUUUUGGAUAUUGGUGGAAUUUGUUGCAUAGAUUCGAAUGAAGUUGGAAAUUAUUAUACCAUUAUGAAUUGUUGAAUAAUUUAUUCAACUAAUUUUAUAAGUUAAAACUAUAAAAUCUUCUGUAUGAACAGUGUUUAACAUGGACCUUGUAAUAUUCUCAAACUAUUAAUUUUUUCCCUGUGUGCAGUUGGACUGUAUUUUUGCUUCUAAAUAACACUACAUUUCCAUGUGGGGUUUAUAGACUGUUGAGUAGGAAAGAUUACUUGAUUUGGAUUAACAGAGUAAUCAGGUUAUUGGCAUAAGUCAAUACACUUGUUUCCAAAGUAAUAUCGUCAUAUAUUGUAUGCCUAGGAUGCCAAUCAGGUAUUUAUUGUGUACAGAGAACUCCUAUGGACUUCAGUGGGAGUUCGGGAUAAGAAAGUACGCAAGAUCAGGCCCUUAGUCCAUGACAACAAAAAAGAAAGAACUACAUAAGGAUGUGAACAUUUGUUACUUGCAACCUAAAAAAUUUUGAAUACCAUUGAAACUAUUUUAUGUUCUGUUUAAACUGGAAAUAAUAUGAAGUCUUGGAAGAGAAAGAAAGGGUAGAACCACUAACAUGUCUGGUAUGGGCUAACAAUUUUAGGUUUGUUAUCAGUUUUUUUAAGACUUGGACUAGUUUAAUAGCCUUCUAUAUAAAUAGGUCCGUAUCUGCUAUUUAAAAAUUAUUAUUUGCUUAUUUAAUUGUUUAUACUUUUUCCAAUAAUCUUCCCUGCUGAGUGCCUUCAGUUCCUGCUUUGAUACCUUUGGUGACCUCACAUAUGUAGCAUCUAAAACACCAUAAUGGAAUGCUUUAAAGAAGAUUUUGAUGUUGUUAAAUUUUUUGUAAAAAAGUCCCAUAUCCAUAUAAGGUACACAUACAUAUUGGAGAACAUUGCCCAAAUGCUUUAAAUAAUAUGGAAAAUGCAAUUGUACAUUAACAUUUGUCACCAUCAAAAAAGUAAUGUAAUCUGAAAUGUAAUCUGGUUGGAAACUAGUUAUCUUAGGUUUUAUGAAAUUUGCUGUGUCUGUGUUUAAAAGAGAACCUUUCAAAGCAUGGUGCAUGAAAACAAGACUGUUGUUUUAAUGUAAUCAAUAAUCAGUGCUGGGCUUGGGGUGGCUAAGGUAGUACAGCUGAAAGCUGUAAAGGAUCAUAUACAAUGAGCGGGACAUCUCAAUCUUGCAAUGCAAAUAACUAUUACAGAUAAUGUCCAAAGACUUUAAGCUUUCAUGUAUCUCAUGCGGUCCAUUGAAUUACAAACAUAUUGUAGUAAAAGUCUUAUGUGAAGUUCAUUCAAUUACAUAUCCACAGGCUAAAUACUGCACAUUUGCCAUUGUAAAUGUAAACAAUGUAAAUUGUUAAUUAAAGCACCAGUGAACAUUACAACUUCCAAAUUGCAAAUGUUUGUAAUAAUUGACACAGUAAAAUAAAAAAAUAAUCCAAUUAUAGGAAAAGUGAAUUUCAGGAAAUAUUUUGCCAUAAUUUUAUUUCAUAAAGAUGGACCCCACAUAUUUGGAGUUAAUUCUUGUUGGAAAUCAUUUUGAUGAUAUGAAAUCCUGUAGAAAUAAGAAGAUUAUGCAGAAGAGUGGUAACCAGGAACAAAUGUACUUUUAAAACACCUUGUUUUAAAUUGUAUAAACAUUAGGACUUGAUACUAAUCUGUUCAAUGAGAUAUUAAUUAAUCUGCUAUGAAGUAAUGCUUUCCAAGUGUGAUGUAUAUUGCACCUGAAUAUAAGUGAAACUAGAGUGAACAAAGGCACUUUAUUACUCUGGGAUCUGUACUGGAAGAUAUUUGAAAGCAUGUGAAAGUGCACCUAAAGCUGUGUUAUUAACUGGUGACUUUAAAAACUACAAUGCUAAAUUUAUUGUACUUGAUGAAUGUACCUAGUCUGGUUUCAUUUUCUUUGGUUCAAAUGUCUAAGCUAUGUCACUCUAUCUCCUUUAAUUUGUAUAUGUUUGACUGUAGUUCAUACUUUGUUUUUUGCCAUUACUGGACUGCAGAGGGUAUUGUGGAUGUAUAACAUGUCCAUUAUUUUAUAGACCAAUAGAAUAUGCUAUAUACCAACUUUUUGUAAUUUAAUUGAGUGAUAUUUAGGUAAUUCUAAUAGCUGUAUAUUUCACAAACUAUUAAAAUGUUCAGCAAGUGA